UUUUGUUUUUAAAAUAUUGUAAGAUUCUGCUUCUGCUACCCAAUGAGGAAAAAACAUUCUAAAAAUAUAAUGCACAAUGAAAGAGAAAAAUUCACAUCCGAGUCUUAAGCAUAAGCGACCCUUAUUCAGUGACAUUGCAACAGUGCAUUUUAGAGAUGGCAUAUAUUGCACCUACAGUAUCAUAAAGGGAGAGGAAGUAAAUAAGAAUGGUAGAUAGGAUAUCAAUCAAACAGUUGUUUGUCCUGAAGUUAGAUACAUAAUGCUGGAGUAACUCAGCGGGACGGGCAGCAUCUCUGGAGAGAAGGAAUGGGUGAUGUUUCGGAUCGAGAUCCUUCUUCAGGUCGCGACGUGAAAUGACACCCAUUCCUCUCUCCAGAGAUGCUGCCUGUGCCAUUGAGUUACUCCAGCAUUUUGUGUCUUUCUUCAGAUUAAACCAGCAUCUGCAGUUCCUUCCUACAGCUAUUUGUCUUAAGUAAGUAAUACGGGAAAAUUGCAAGCAUUCCAUUUUGCACCUCACCUUUGCUUUGUAUGUGACCUAAAGGAAGGCCGAAGGUAAAUUAAUCAUAGCACCCUCUAAUAUGUAUGCCGGGAGUUCAUUUUAGUCUCUGGUAAUUUAUUAUUUAUAUCAAUUUUGGUGUUCCUGAAAGCCCAGCAUUUAUUAACCAUUCCUAAUUGUCCUUGAGAAGCUGCCUCCUUGAAUUACUGCAACCCCUCUAGAGAAGGAGCUCUCUGAGUACUUAAUCUGAGUGAUGAUGAAGAUCGGGAGAUAUAUUUCCAUGUGAAGUUGGUGUACGACUUGGAGGGAAUCUGCAGGUAAUAGUGUUUCUAUGCACCUGAUGCCCUUGUUCUCCACUGUGGUUGAGGUUGUAUGCUGCUGUCUAAGUAGCCUGGGCUUGUAACUGCGGUGCAUUUUGUAAAUGGUAUGCACUGCAGAUGCAGCGUACUAGUGGCAGAGGAAGUGGAGGGUGAAGAAAUAUGACUCCAGAGAACUGCUUUGUUCUGGUUGGUGCUGAGUCGCUUGAGAGUCAUUGGCACUCAAGUUAUCCAGGCAAGUGGAAAGUAUUUUAUCAUGUUCAUGAUUUGUGCUUAGUAGCUGGGAAAACAGUACAACGCAGAAACAAGCCCUUCAGCCCACAAUGCCCAUGCCAAACAUGUUGCCAAGAUAAACUCAUCUCUACCUGUACGUUAUUCAUAUCCCCCCCAUUCUUUGUAUAUCCAAAUGCCACUAUUGCAUCUCUCCACUAUCACACCUGGCAGCGUGUUCCAGGCACCCACCGCUCUCUGUAAAACAAAAAACUGUGCCCGGCAUACUUUUUAAACUUUACCCCUCUCACUUUUUAAAGUUAUGCCCUCUAGUCCUUGACAUUUCCACCCUGGACGAAAAGAGGAUCUGACUGACCUCCAGGAUAUUGAUGACGAGGGUAUCGAUAAAAGUAAUACCGUUUAAUGUUAAUGGUAGGUGGUUGGUGUUCUCCCAUUGGAGGUGUCAUGGUUGAUACUGUUAUGGCACACAUGUUACUGACCACGAAUCAACCCAGCCUCAGUUUUGCCGAGGUCUUGUUGAAGCAGCACUGGUUGCUUAAUUAGCUGAAGAACUGCAAAUCGAAUGGAACAUUUUUCAAUCAUUCCCACUUUUGACCUUCUGAUGAAAAGAAGGCGAAUGAAGCAGAAAUGUCCAUUGUUUUAUUCAAAGUGGAUCUAAUUUUGAAACUUGGGGUCGAUGGUGGUGGUGGUGGAGGAGUACAAGUCAGUCAAUGAUGCAGACUCAUGGGUCAGUGUUGUACUUGUGCCUGACCCACGGGAAUCUCAAGAACUAAUUAACACGGUCCCCCAAAAAUGGAUCACUGACAAUGAUAAUGAUGGUGCUUAGAAGGAACAAAUGAAUGGCGGAUUUCUGAAAUAACAAGAAGAAAUUCUGGGUAUUUGCUUUUGUUUCUGGUAAAGAUGGGUAAAUGACUGGGGUGGGAUGGAUCACUGGAAGUAUGUGCAUUAAAAGGUCUAGUCCACAGAACUAACACACAUCCAAUCCUAAAGCCUAAUUGCAGACGCUAGAAACCUGAAAUAAAAGCAGAAUGUUGCUUUUUUUUACCUGCACUUUUUUUUUAAAAACUAUUCGGACUGUUUUUAUCAGGAACUGGAUUGUUUUUAUUUAUGCGUGAAAUGUUUAAGUUUUUAUGGGCAAUGCUCCGGUAUUCCCUGAGAAACGUCUUCUCAUUUUGCACCGUACAAUUGUUGCUUUGCAUGAUGACAAUAAAAAAAAAUAAAAAAAUUUAAAAAAGGAUGAUGAUAAUGAAUUCCCAAAUAUUAAGUGUGUUUAACCAGAAUUUUCUGAUAUUUGAACAAGGACUUUUUAUUUUUAAAGGUUGUAUAAAUAUACUAGAUUAUUUUCACUUCUUCAGAAAUGAUCAGAUAUAAAUGGCUCCACACUCCUUCCCAUCUUUGAAUGGAGCUCUCGGCUCAGUAGGGGACUGAAAAAGCAUAAACAUGCACAAGUCACCGUGGUAACCUUGAGAGUGAGCAACAUGGUAUGUCAACCAAGUGACCCAUGGAAGAGCAGAGGGGAGCACAAGAGAAGAGCACAGAUUAAUCAUUUGUGCUUUUGACUCCAGUGGUCCCUGUGCAGUUACCACACAGAGAAUGCCAUUAAUGCUCGCUAGUUUUAUGUUACAUAGGAUUAAUCUUUUGGCUGAGAGGUGAGGUGUUACCAUUGAACCAAACUAACAUUUCAUUAGGUUGCUAAAAAGAAGUGGAAAAGGAUGUGUUAAUUGUUAACAAAUCUUGUAAUCAAGAGAAUUGGUGUGGAAUUUUGUGCUCUGAUUUCUGCAGUGGGGCUUUAAUCUUUUUUACUUAAAUGGCCAUCUGUUACCAAUUAAGCCGUCAUCGUCCCAAUUAGAGACACUUCGAACAGUUUUCAGAAAAGAACGGCACACCUGACUAAGGAUAUUUGCACCUGACUAAGUGAUUGGUGGAUACAGCUUGCCUAAUUAAUACAUUUAAAAAAAUGACAAAAUGUCAAACAGACUGCAAUAAGAAUCUUUUUAUGCCUGGAAGGCAAUUUUGAAAUUGGUUACAUUUGUGUAGGCAAAUAGUGAUUAAUAGUAAUGUUUGGGAGUAGGGAUCAUGGAACUCCCAUGUUCCAGUCACCGCUGUAUAUUAACGAUGAUGGAACAGACCACAUUCAUGGAUAAUAUACUAAGAUGGUGCCAAUUGGAGACACAGGUAGAACUUUUUUUUUAAUAGUUAUCAACUAAUUAAAUAUCUACCUUUAUUAGAAAAUGUACCCAUUUUAGUUUUUCCCCAGAUUUAUUCAAUCGUUUCUAGUUAUACUAGGAGGCAUUAUAAUCCAAAGUAAAAGUUCUCACCGAACAAUGAAAGACCAAGAUAGAGUGUGGGCGUGGAGAGGAUGUUUCUAGUAGUGGGCAAAGAUCUUAUAGCUAUAAGAUCUUUGGUAGUGGGAGAGUCCAGGAGUCAUAGCCUCAGAAUAAAACGGGCAUACCUUUAGAAUGGCGAUGAUGAGGAAUUACUUUAGCCAGAGAGUGGUUCAUUCAUUGCCACAGAUGGCUGCGGAGGCGAAGUCAGUGGCUAUUUUUAAAGCGGAGAUUGACAGGUUUUUGAUUCGUAACGGCGUCAAAUGUUACAUGGAGAAAUAAGCCAGAAGAAUGUGGUUAUGGUGGGAAAACAAACCAACCAUGAUCGAAUGGUGGAGCCGGCUCGAUGGGCUGACUGGCCUAAUUCUACUCCUAUGUCUUAUGGUCUCCUUAAAACAGAUACUUAAUUUGCAAUAUUACACAAUCCCUGGGAGGCAAUCACUACUGACUUCUCAACCAAAACCGUGCACAAAGAUCAGUACCUUUUAAAGAGUAGCAGAGCAUAGCAACUUUACCCAUCUCGGUGUGUGGGUUUGUAGCAGGCCCAUGUCCCCUGCCGUUUAUGGACACACACCGCUGCUCGUGGAGUCUAACAGUCCAUGUAAACAUGCAUGGUAUUAAAACAAGUUCCGACGUUUUGGAAUCAAGAGACGGACCACCGGUUCUUCAGAGUCUGCUGAGAGUUUUAACCCGGUUGCAUGUCCAGAUGUGAUUACAGCAUCAUCCAACUUUCUCCUGAUGUUCCAGAUGCCGCAGGCAACCGUUCGAACGCGAAACCCGAAUUUAUUGCUGUCAGUGCUUAAUGCUUGGAGUCUGCUGCAUUCAACGUGCGAGGCCAGUGAUCCGUGCGUAAACGUAAACAAUAAUGUAUACCUCUGCACCGUUAUACCGCACGCUUCAUUGUAUCCUUCCAACGUGAAACACCUUUUGUUCAAAGUGGGUAGUGGGAUUGGACCUAUCAACAGCACCAUGUUCAACAGCUCAAGCCUCUCCUCUGUCACCAACUUAACAAUCGUCGACAGUGAUGUCACAAGUAUCGAGCAAGGAGCUUUCAAUUCUUUCCUCAGCGUAGCUGUCCUGAUUCUAGACAAUAAUAAACUGUCCACCAUCAGUGCCUCCUGGUUCACCAGCCCUGCAAGGCUGGUUAAACUUUCUUUGGUCAGAAACAGAAUCUGCACCAUUGAUGUGACCACCCUGUCCAACUUUACCAAUCUGGCUGAACUCGAUCUUUCUCAAAAUAUGAUCAGAACCAUAGCAGACCACAGUUUCAGGAAUAAUUUGAAGCUGUCCUUCCUUAAUCUUGCCAAUAAUAACCUGACCUUGCUGAGGAUACAGACAUUUGUAGACUUUCAUCCCAAGAGGCUUGGUCUGCAGGGCAAUCCUUGGUGUUGCUCCUGUGAACUUGCUGAUUUUGCAAUCUUCCUCAGAGGUAAUUUAUUUUAAUGAACAUUAUGUGAUUCUUGCUGACUUCCGACAAUCUGUGUCGAAUCGGAAAUUAAAGCGCAAAAUAUUGUUGGUGUUAGAAAUAUUUAGCAUUUGAUGGCAAAACUGUAGCAGUUGAACGUGACUUAAUAUCCAUGUAAGGAGUCCUCUCCCAUCUUUAUUCUUCCUUUCCUUCAACAUAAAGCUUGGGAACAAUUGAUUGUUUUCUGGGUCACUUCAGGUCAACUUCGAAUGGUAUGUUAGCAUUCAUAGCAAAAGGAUUUGAGUACAGGAGCAGGG